CUCUUUGACACGGUCGAGCCAGUCGAACUGCUCUCGUGAGUUGGUCGUGAUCCGACGAUACAAGGAUUUUUCGGUUGAAUUGCAUGAUACCGGAGUGAUCAACAACAAUAAAGAAAAUGACGAAGUCGCUGGGUAGUUUAUAGUUCGGAAAACUAAGAAUGUAGUGUGACAGUGCGAUACAGAGAUAUUGGUGCCAUUGGGUACCUCGAAAAUGGUGACUUUAAUGCCGUGUAAUUAUCUGAACGCACAAAAUAGGUGCACAAUGAUCGAUAAGAUGUGUGAACCAAAGGUGAAGCGGUCAAGGGCAGAUGGCGACUCCCCAGCAGAAAAAGAAAGACUAAUUUCUGACACGGCGUGCAGUCCCCAAAGCGGCCACUCUUCUUCAACAUGUGAUUCUCCGCCACCCGUAACCACGUCUACCGUCAUACACACUACACCCGAUCCACUUUCAUCGUCACCAUCAACGAGUAUCCCCACGGCGAAUUUCACCCCGGCCUGGUCUUUAUUGGACAUCCAAGGUGUUAAAACUGAAAUAAGAAGUCCAGGACUAGCAGAAUCCGAUUGUGUAGCCACUACUCAGGACUCUGCAUCUUUUUACAGUACUCCAAUAGACUUAGGAAAUUUAUAUGAUAAAGACUAUCACCAAACUUAUUCUGCAGCACAUUCUUACUACAACAGUAUACAAACCGGUUAUGGAUCAACAAGUUCCGCGACUCCUUACAUAAACUCCGCGUCUUCUUUUUACAACAGCUCUUCGUAUCCGUACUCUGGUCUUAAUUCAACAAGGUCUCUAAAUCCAGCUUGUAAAGUCAGCGCUGGUUAUAUAGCAUCUUCAUAUUCGUCACCAGCUUCUCCUUUUAAUACAGGACAGUCUAGUCAGUAUUCUUCCUACGCUGCCUAUACUGCACCCGGAGCAUCAAGUUUCACGCAAGGCUUUUCAACGCAAGGAGUGGAUUACAGCUCAUAUGGAACUACAUACCCUGAUACUCAAACUUCACAAUUUGCUUCAAGUUAUUACGCUCAAAGUUAUUCUCCAUACGUAAGUUCGCCGAGUUCUAGUGGGAGCUUAGGGACGACAUCUUAUCAAUUAACAUCUCCUUCAAUAUUAGAUAAUUCACCAAAUGGUGUAACCCUAAAUGAAGGCUCAACAUCACCUCUAAAACCUGACAAUGCCAGGAGAUCCAGGGAAUCCUCAGGUAGUUUAAGUUCAGAAUCAAGAGGGGCAAGAGGUAGAGGGAGGCGAACAAAUACAGUUUCUCCUACAACUCCUGAAUCUACCACUGACAGGGUAUUUAUUUGGGAUCUGGAUGAGACCAUUAUUAUUUUCCACAGCUUGCUCACAGGAAGUUAUGCUGCCAAAUACCAAAAAGAUCCACAAAAUGUUGUGCAGCUCGGAUUCAAAAUGGAGGAGAUGGUUUUUAAUUUAGCUGAUAAUAAUUUCUUUUUUAAUGAUAUUGAAGAGUGUGAUCAAGUGCACAUAGAUGAUGUAUCAUCGGAUGAUAAUGGGCAAGACUUAUCCAGUUAUAAUUUUAGUACAGAUGGUUUUCAGUCUACUAGUACAACGGGAAGUGGCAAUUUAUGUUUAGCAGCAGGAGUUAGGGGAGGUGUAGACUGGAUGAGAAAGUUAGCCUUCAGAUAUAGAAAAAUUAAGGAAACUUAUAAUAAUUAUAGAAAUAGUGUUGGUGGACUCCUAGGGACAACCAAAAGGGAACAGUGGCUUCAACUAAGAGCUGAAAUAGAAUCGGUUACGGAUAAUUGGUUGACCCUGGCCAACAAAUGUCUGACGCUUAUUAAUUCCAGAAGCAAUUGUGUAAAUGUACUAGUAACAACUACUCAGCUCAUUCCAGCUUUAGCAAAAGUAUUACUGUUUGGAUUAGGAGGAGUAUUUCCCAUUGACAAUAUCUAUUCUGCUACUAAAAUAGGUAAAGAAAGCUGUUUUGAGAGGAUAGUCACAAGAUUCGGACGAAAAUGUACUUACGUAGUAAUAGGAGAUGGACAAGACGAAGAAGCUGCAGCAAAAGCUCUGAAUUUUCCAUUUUGGAGGAUAACAAGUCACAGCGAAAUCGCAGCAUUGUACAAUGCCCUUGAUAUGGAAUUUUUAUGAUUUCUCAUAUUUGAAUUCCUUAUGUAUAAAAUGUAUAUUUUAUAAAUAUUACUAUAAAUAUAAGUAUUAAAAUGAG